GGCAAUUAUUUGUUGCCCCUGAAUUGUGGUUGUUGUUGCUGUGCUGACUGGAGGCGGCUUGCAUGCAUUUGGCCAUAGCAAUGAUGCAAACCUUGAAACCGCCGCCAUCGCUGCAUCAACAUCAACAUCAUCAUCAACAUCAACAGCAGCAGCCGCAGCAGCAGCAACAACAACAACAGCACCUGACAGUCAUGGAUAAUCACCAACAUCAGCAGCAUAUCCAUCAGCAGCAACAAUUGCCGCCCACGCCGCAGGUAGCGCAACUGAUAGACACCCUGGCAGGACCUAUUGCGGGUCCAGGAGCAGCCGCGGCCCUGCAGCAACACAAUCAUCACGGUGCUGGCAGUGGCACCAGCCCCAGCACUAGCAGUAGCACUAGCAGCGCCCUGCCUUUGCCACUUCCGCUGCCUCCUGUCGACCAGAAUGACCCAAAUCCUGAGCUGGUCCUUGCCUUAAUUUCAAGGAAUCGUGCGCUCGAGGCGACGAUACCGAAGUGUGGUGGCUGCCACGAACUGAUCUUGGAUCGCUUUAUAUUGAAGGUGCUGGAGAGGACGUGGCACGCGAAGUGCCUGCAGUGUAGCGAGUGCCACGCCCAGCUGAACGAUAAGUGUUUUGCCAGGAAUGGGCAGCUGUUCUGCAAGGAGGACUUCUUCAAACGCUAUGGUACGAAGUGUUCCGCUUGUGAUAUGGGCAUACCGCCCACCCAGGUGGUGCGACGUGCCCAGGACAAUGUUUAUCAUAUGCAAUGCUUUCUGUGCGCCAUGUGUUCCCGUACCCUCAAUACGGGCGACGAGUUCUAUCUGAUGGAGGAUCGCAAACUCAUCUGCAAGCGCGACUACGAGGAGGCCAAGGCGAAAGGCCUCUACUUGGACGGAUCGUUGGAUGGUGAUCAGCCGAACAAGCGACCGCGCACAACAAUCACCGCCAAGCAGCUGGAGACGCUGAAAACCGCCUACAAUAAUAGUCCGAAACCUGCGCGACAUGUUAGAGAGCAGCUAUCCCAGGAUACGGGGCUGGACAUGCGCGUCGUGCAGGUGUGGUUUCAAAAUAGACGGGCCAAAGAGAAACGACUGAAAAAGGAUGCAGGACGCACGCGUUGGAGUCAAUAUUUCCGCUCCAUGAAGGGCAACUGCUCGCCGCGCACUGACAAAUUCCUAGAUAAGGAUGAGCUGAAGGUGGACUAUGAUAGUUUCAGUCAUCAUGAUCUGAGCAACGACAGCUAUAGCACCGUCAACUUGGGUCUGGAUGAGGGCGCCUCCCCGCACAGCAUACGCGGCUCAUAUAUGCACGGCAGCUCGAGUCCCUCGCAAUAUCCGCCAAGCAGUCGCUCCCCACCACCCGUGGGCCAAACUCAUACAUUCGGUUCAUAUCCAGACAAUAUCGUUUACACCAAUAUCGAUCACGCAGUGGGUUCAAAUCUGCAUGGCACUACCAAGUCACAUCAUCGCCUGCACAGCAGCAACAACGUUUCGGAUUUGAGCAACGAUUCUAGUCCCGACCAGGGCUAUCCGGACUUUCCGCCUAGUCCCGAUUCCUGGCUAGGCGAUUCGGGUAGCACAAAUAAUACUAGCACAAACAACAAUAAUAAUAAUGCAAGCAGCAACAACAACAACAGCGGCAGCAGCGGUCCUGCCGCCACGCCCAAUCCUGCAACGCCUGGCGUGCAUUACUGAUACUCAAAUAUACUUUUACGUUAUUUUGAAAUGCAAUCGCGUAACAUGCUGCUUGCGGCUGCCCAACAACACCAACAACACCAGCAACAACAACAACAGCAGCAACAUACGUCUUAGCAGCGGCCAUCUUGAAAAAGCUUUUGGCUUAACAGCGCUGGUUAACAGCAAAGCUUAACAGUGGUCAGUGCUGUGGUGUGGCAACGCCGUGCUAGCUGCUUUUUGUUUACUCGCAACUUUUAAACUGUUUUUUAGAAUAUGUAACACAAUUUGCUCAAAAA